UAUACUACUGUUAAGAUCGCGCCAUUCUAACUUGUGAAACUGGUCUAUAAUAAGAGUGAUGACCGAGAGCCCCUCUCUUAGUAAUUCAGCGUACUUUUAACACGUGUUUAUUUUGAGCUCGAGGGGAACUCGUUCUAAGAAUCUGCAGACUUUUGCCCAAGGGUUACGUGUUAUCGUGUGGUGGGAAUGUGGGGUAUAAAAGCGCGCACACAGACCCCAUGAGAGGACGCGAGCCGCGCGCAAUCACACUUCAGAUAUUUCUGCGCUGAAUUUGACGCAACAGCAGCGAAGAUGGUUUGGUUGAUAAGGUUCACACUUCUCUUCUGUUUGUGCAUAAUGAAUAUGUCUGCACUGAACUUUUUCCCUGAGAAAUUUGAAAUUGCUGAGAGACACGCAUCCAUUACCCUGACCUGUAGAACAGAUAAAGACGUAAUCACAUGGAGACGAGAGGACGCAAAUACCAUAGAGAACAUAUCGCAAUCAGAAUUUGAAAUCCUCAGUGGGUGGAAUUUGACGGUGAUUGACCUGCAGGAAGACCUAACAGGGAAUUACACCUGCUGGAGUGAUUCGGGUCUUGAAGACUACACCUAUCUCCUGCUCGACAAGUCUAAAGAAACUACAGCUUUUAAUAUCAACUGCACAGCCGAGACGUUUUCCUGCAUGGAAAAAAUCAAAUGCACCUGGACCACAAAUGAUUUUACAGAUGAAUUUGCUUUCAGACUUCGCAAUACAAGGGAUAAUGGUGACUGGGUGUCACAGCCUGUGGAUGGGGUAUUUUUUCUCCAACAUUCCACCAAUUCAUUCUCUGAAGAGUCCGAGCGGAUGCUGAUAACAGGGGAGGCGGCUUCCACGUGCUGCUAUAUGAAAACUGAACAAAUGUUCUACCUACGAGACAUCAUUAAGCCAGCGAAUCCAAACAUUUCAAUCUGCACUAUAAAAAAUGAGGGGAGUGACAAUCAAAUCGUAGAAUUAGAGGUGGAGCCUCCCUCCACCUGGCCGCAGCCCCACAGUUUCUUUCCUCUGAAGCAUCAGAUCGAGUAUGAGAUACGACACGACGGGAAGCUGAAGACUAAAGAAUGGGAAGAGGGGUCAAAGUUCAAAGUCCGGGGUUCCAUCACAAAACUAAGGGGCCGCUGCAGAGACCUGCUGCUCCUCUCUCAGUGGAGCGAGUGGAGCGAGUGGAAAAACGUAAACUAGAAAUUUAAACCUCCCUUUAUUUAUAUCUCCUGUCCCAUUUUUCAAACCCUUAUUUAUUCUUUAUUUAUGUGUUGAUGUGUAUGAAUAAUCAUGUCGUUUGUUACAUAUGUUAUGUUCUGAUUGUUUGUACCAUGUCUGUGUCCUAUUAAAAAACCUUAGCUCCUCUGCUCUGUCUCUCAAUUCCUUCAGAUUAAGCAAUUUCACAGUUGUGAUUCACUGGCCUUUACUGACAGCAAUUACAGUGAAAUGCUGAUUUUUGUGCAAACAUGUCGAAAUCACUUGCAAUUAUGUUGGCAGCAUGAUUAGAGAGGAGCUUUUUUCUUUUAUAAUUAACAUGCAAUUACAAUUAAUAUGUAUUGCAGAUGUACAUUACCGUUUAAAAAGCUUGGGGUCUG